AUGGCUGCUUCUGCCCUUCUAAAAAGCCGUGUACGACGGCCCUCGUACCUCAAAAAACUAGCCAAAGCUGAAGACCUUAUCGACUACUUCCCCCAUGGCUCGUAUAUCGGCUGGUCCGGAUUCACGGGAGUUGGAUACCCCAAGAAGGUUCCCACAGCGCUGGCUGAUCAUGUUGAGAAGAACCGCCUUGAAGGGAAGCUGAAAUAUACCCUGUUUGUUGGAGCUUCGUCGGGGGCAGAAACGGAGAACCGCUGGGCGAGAUUGAAUAUGAUCGAGCGACGAAGCCCGCACCAGGUGGGCAAGGAGAUCGCCAAGGGUAUCAAUAGUGGUCAGAUCAAGUUCUUUGACAAGCAUCUGAGCAUGUUCCCGUCUGAUCUUGUCUAUGGCUACUACACCAUGGAUAAACCGAACAAUAAACUGGAUGUGGCGGUGAUCGAGGCAUCCGCCAUCACUGAGGAUGGGGGCAUCAUCCCCGGUGCCUCUGUUGGUGCGUCGCCGGAGCUUGUCCAGAUGGCGGAUAAGGUAAUCAUCGAAGUCAACACGGCUAGUCCGUCGUUCGAAGGCCUGCACGAUAUCACCAUGUCGGAGCUUCCUCCGCGACGCAAACCGUAUCUGAUCCUCGCGCCGGAGGAUCGCAUCGGCACCCCCCAUAUCCCCGUGGACCCGGAGAAGGUGGUGGCCAUCGUGGAAUCCGACUACCCGGACCAAACGCAGCCCAAUGCGCCCGAGGAUGCGAGCUCGCAGGCCAUAGCCACCCACCUGAUAGAGUUCCUGAAGCAUGAGGUCAACAUGGGCCGCCUGCCGAAGAACCUGCUCCCGAUCCAGUCUGGUAUUGGUAACAUUGCCAAUGCCGUCAUCGGCGGACUGAGCAAGGGCGGUGCUGAUUUCACCAACCUGAAAGUAUGGACUGAGGUGCUGCAGGACUCGUUCCUGGACCUUUUUGACAGCGGGAACCUCGACUUCGCCACGGCAACCUCGAUCCGUUUCUCUCCUGACGGAUUUAAGCGGUUCUAUGAUAACUGGGAGCGCUACGCUGGAAAGCUACUCCUGCGGUCCCAGCAGGUGUCCAAUUCGCCGGAGAUCAUCCGUCGACUGGGUGUCAUUGGCAUGAACACCCCCGUGGAAGUGGACAUCUACGCGCACGCUAACAGCACCUGUGUGAUGGGAUCGCGCAUGCUGAAUGGCCUGGGUGGCUCGGCUGAUUUCCUGCGCAGCGCGAAGUACAGUAUCAUGCACACGCCCAGCACUCGGCCCAGCAAGGUCGAUCCGACAGGAGUCAGCUGCAUUGUGCCGUUCUGUACUCACAUUGAUCAGACGGAGCACGACCUCGACGUGGUAGUCACCGAACAGGGUCUCGCUGACGUCCGGGGUCUCUCUCCUCGCGAGCGUGCUCGCAAGAUCAUCGACAAGUGCUCGCACCCCGAGUACAAGCCCAUCCUGACUGAUUACCUCGACCGAGCGGAAUAUGAAUGUCUAAAGAAGGGUAUGGGACAUGAGCCCCAUCUGCUCUUCCAGGCCUUUAAGAUGCAUCAGAACCUGGCAGAGAAGGGAACUAUGAAGAUCAGUGGAUGGGAGUAA